CCCGUCUCCCCCCACAGCCACCCCACGUCCUGCUGCAGCGCAGCCGAGAUCGCGGCCGUGCUGUUCUUCCAGGCCAUGCGCUACCGGGCCAGCCAGCCGGCGCACCCCAGCAAUGACCGCUUUGUCCUCUCCAAGGGCCAUGCUGCCCCCUUGCUCUAUGCCGCCUGGGCUGAGGCCGGCUUCCUCAAGGAGCCGGAGCUGCUGAAUCUGCGCAAGAUCGACAGUGACCUGGAGGGACACCCCACCCCGAGGCUGCCCUUCGUGGAUGUGGCCACGGGCUCACUGGGGCAGGGCCUGGGCGCGGCCUGCGGGAUGGCCUACGUAGGCAAGUACUUCGACAAGGCCAGUUAUCGGGUGUUCUGCCUGCUGGGUGACGGGGAGGUGUCGGAGGGCUCCGUCUGGGAGGCUCUGGCCUUCGGCUCCCACUACCAGCUCGACAACCUGGUGGCCAUCGUGGACGUCAACCGGCUGGGCCAGAGCGAGGCGACGCCGCUGUGCCACGACAUGGAGGUGUACCGCCGCCGCUGCGAGGCCUUUGGGUGGAACACCUACGUGGUGGACGGCCACGCCGUGGAGGAGCUGGACGAGGCCCUGCGGCAGGCGGCUCAGGUGAAGGGGAAGCCCACGGCCAUCGUGGCCAAGACCUACAAGGGACGAGGCAUCCCUGGUGUGGAGGACGCGGAGAACUGGCACGGCAAGCCCAUGCCCAAGGACAAGGUGGAGUCCAUCAUCGGUGCCAUCCAGAGCCGGAUCCAGACCCACCAGGUGCUGGUGCCACAGGCCCCCAUUGAGGACGUCCCACAGAUCAGCAUCGCCGGCAUCUGCAUGCCCUCGCCGCCCGAAUACACCAUUGGGGACAAGGUGGCCACGCGGAAGGCCUAUGGUGUGGCCCUGGCAAAGCUGGGUGCUGCCAACGAGCGCGUGGUGGCCUUGGACGGCGACACCAAGAACUCCACCUUUUCCGAGCUGUUCAAGCAGGUGCACCCCGAGCGCUACAUCGAGUGCUACAUCGCCGAGCAGAACAUGGUCAGCGUGGCUCUGGGCUGUGCCGCCAGGGACCGGGCCGUGGUCUUCGCCAGCACCUUUGCUGCUUUCUUCACCCGGGCCUUCGACCACAUCCGCAUGGGCGCCAUCUCCCGGACCAACCUCAACCUGUGCGGCUCCCACUGCGGGGUCUCCAUCGGGGAGGACGGCCCCUCGCAGAUGGCCCUGGAGGACAUAGCCAUGUUCCGAACCAUUCCCGGCUGCACUGUCUUCUACCCCAGCGACGCGGUCUCCACGGAGCGCGCCGUCUGCCUGGCUGCCAACACCAAGGGCAUCUGCUUCAUCCGGACCAGCCGCCCAGAGACCCCGGUCAUCUACCCGCCGGAGGAGAAGUUUGAGAUUGGCCAGGCCAAGGUAAGGGGCUGGGAAGAGUGUGUGGGGGGUGAGUUGUUGGGUGACCCUGGGUCAAUGGCAGCCUCACUCUGUGCCUCAGUUUCUCCUCCUGCCUUGUCUGGAUUGGAGGCUCUUUGGGGAUGGGUCUGCGCAUUAUAAUGGGCCUCACCCAAUGCUGGGAGAGGGGCAGGGGGGGUUGUGGAGCUCAGGGCC